UACGUCAUACAACUUCCGUGCUCAAAUGAGAUGUGCAUAGACCGUAUCGAUAUUCCUCAGUGCGUUUUUGCUACUCGUAGAGUGCAGUCGUAUUUCUACAGUAGCUGACCGUUUUCCGUGACGGAUUCGUUCGUUCACAAUUUAGACAAUUGUUGUUCUAGUCAGUCUUACAAAUUAUUGCUAUUCGUAGCAAUAAUCUUAUUAUUUUAUUGUUAUUAGUAACAAUUUGAUACAAUUUUAUAAUAUUUGUUCGCAAAUAUUGUUUAUUUGCCUUUGUUGUAUUUUUUACGACAAUACAUUUUACGACAUACCCACGUGCGUUAGUAGAGUUGCUUUACGAAGUCGCGUGUUCAGCAAAAUGGCAGAUAAAGAAGUCCAGUUAAAAAACACGGGGAAAAAGACAAUAAAAGUCUCCCAACAAAAUGAAACAACCCCAGUUACUACCACAUCUAGUUCGUCUAGUCAUUCUUCCAUGUUAAUUUCAAGUGACAAGGCUGCUACUAGCAGCAGUAGCGGUAAACAAACUACGAAACAGUUGCCCACCAAGGAGGGUGGGGUAACGAAAGAAGUGUUACUGAUAUUAAAGGAAAUGAAUGCAAAUCUCAAUGCACAAGCCACACGCUUGGAAAAACAAGAACAAAAAUUACAGUCCUUCACUGAACAGUUGACUGAUCAAGAUUACAGUGAAUAUAAUGAGUACAAUGACUAUGAAUGCCAAGAACAAUAUGAUGAUGAUGAUGCUUGUAUAUCUGAACAAGCAUCCAUUCCUUCAAGUGCUAAGAAAAAUUCUGGGGGAGGUAUAUUUAGUUCAUUAGUGAACAAAUUCCAGCAAGAAGACGCUGUUGAUAGUGAAGUCAAUGAUGACCUAGCACAUUUUGUUAACAUGUCGUUUAGAAGUGGUUUGACGGAAGAUAAACUGUCAGAUAUAGUGAAGGACAUACACAGGCCACAGAAUUGUGAGGCGUUGGUUAAAACCAGAGUCAACCAGGGAAUCUGGAGACUACUGAAAAUGCAUACACAGGCCGACGACAACCGAAUGCAGAUAAUUCAAGAUUUGAUCGUCAAAGCCACAUCCAACCUUGUCAAGCUUAUUGACAAAAAUGCUGACUCUUUAGACCCUUGUGAUAUGGACUGGAGUUCAAACUCUAUUGCGUUGCUCGGACAGGCUAAUAAAUUGAUAAAUAUUCGCCGGAAAGAACUCCAUAAGUCGGAUCUUGAUCCGAAGUACCAUUAUUUGGCUUCAGCAUCUCUUCCAUUCACUGAUAACUUAUAUGGUGACGAUACAGACGUCAACAAGAAUGUGAAGGAGAUCAAUGACCUGAACAAGAUUGGUCGUAGUCUUGGUCGAGGAUUCCCUCGGGGCAACUAUCGUGGCUAUGUUAGCAGACGCCCUCAUCCUUACUACAGACGAGGGUUCCGUGGUAGAGGUCGUGGUCGGCCGGACAUAUCGGCAGCUUCAAAAAAUGCCAGGAUGGCGCCCAAGAAGUAGAGCAGUCUGAUUGGUCGUCUGGUGCAGAAGGUACUGCUAGACGAAGCAGAGAUGGUCCUGGUGGCGCCUGUUUGGGUAACUCAGAACUGGUACACAGCAGUUUUGGAAAUGUUAAUAGACAUCCCACUAAUCAUCAAAGUAAG